AUGUCUCUCAUCGUGAACAUCAACAUCAUCUCCAACAAUGCGCCCGAUGACAACACGACUAUAAGUGAGCUCGGGGACGGGACACGAGGUAUCGACGGUGGCGCACCUCGUGCUUAUGCUCAAUGGAUCAGCAUGCAAAUCAAGAAUUUACUAGGGAAUGCCAGUAUCAAGAUCCAGAAUGCUGACGCGAAAUGGGGGAAAUUCUACAAGGAUGGCAACAAGGGCGACGAGCUUUCUUCCGGCACGAUAAAUGGCAUCGUAAUCGCGCCCAACUUUACGUCCACCGUUGCUGCCUGCGGCCGUUCGAGCGCCUCGUCCGGCACUGAAGGCACGAUCGAUCUUUACGACGGUACAGUGAGGAUUUGCACGCUGUACUGGAACUGUCCGUGGGGAAAGAAAUCCAACAAGUUUGAGAAGCGGAAUGUAAACUCGAACUACCUGGUCACCAUCGGCAGCUGGAACAGCGACUCGGGUGCGAUCGGAAACGUCAAUAUCGAUGUUGAGCGUUACUAA